UUCUGCAACUGCCACAGUGCAGUGAUCAACCACAACAGUGACAACAUGUGGUGCACUACUCCCUUAUUCGCCCUCUUAGUGACUCUGGUGGUCAUCGAUGCAGCCCCAAAACUGAGCGACUACGAGACCGGCCACUACCGAAUUAAGAGAGGCCUGGAUCGUAUUGCAGGAAAGUGGGCGGUGCCACACUUUGGAAGGCGGAGCAACGAUGACAUCGACGGCGGAUUAAUCGGCCGCAACCUCGACGGCAUCGGCGGGAGCAACCUGAUCGGGCGGGGAAUAGACGAUAUCGACGGCGAUUUAUUCAGGAGGAGCCCGGACGGAAUCGACGGCGGCUUAAUCGGCCGCAACCUAGACGGCAUCGGCGGGAGCAACCUGAUCGGGCGGGGCAUAGACGAUAUCGACGGCGAUUUAUUCAGGAGGAGCCCGGACGGAAUCGACGGCGGCUUAAUCGGUCGCAACCUAGACGGCAUCGGCGGAAGCAACCUGAUCGGGCGGGGCAUAGACGAUAUCGACGGCGAUUUGUUCAGGCGGAGCCCGGACGGAAUCGAUGGUGGUUUGAUUGGUCGCAACCUAGACGGAAUCGGCGGGAGCAACCUGAUCGGGCGGGGCAUAGACGACAUCGACGGUGAUUUGUUCAGGCGGAGCCCCGACGGAAUCGACGGGGGAUUGAUUGGACGGGGCUUGGACGAUAUCGACGGUGGUUUGUUCAGAAGAACUAUGGACGGGAUUGACGGGGGUUUGAUGGGGCGAAACCUAGACGGUAUCGGCGGGAGCAACCUAAUUGGGAGGGGUUUAGACGGAAUCGACGGAAACUUGGUCGGCAGAAGCUUGGACGGAAUUGGCGGGGGGAAUUUGGUUGGGAGGAGCCUUGACGGAAUCGGCGGGGGCAAUUUGGUGGGGCGGGGACUGGACGGCAUUGACGGUGGUCUGGUUCGUCGAGGUUUAGACGGUAUUGGAGGGGGUACCUUGGUCGGGCGGAGUUUGGAUGGGAUUGGCGGUGGUAACUUAGUAGGGCGCGGCCUCGAUGAUAUUGAUGGUGGCUUAGUGGGAAGAGGUUUGGGCAAGAAAAAAAACGGUUGAUUUAAUUUUAUAAAUUGUGUUCGAAAUUGUAAUAUUUUGUAAGAGAAUAAACACUAGUUACUUA